CAUCCUGGCCCUAGUCGGGUGUGUGCAGAGGGAAGCUCUGCUCCCAUUUCUUAGGGGUGCGUCCUGUGCAUGGCUUGCUUGUCCCGGAACCCUGGAUCCUACUGGAAUGGAGGCCUAUUCUCAUAUGCUUCUCAGACCCAACUAUUGGACUUGUCUCUAAUCCCCACUCCAAGGUAGCCAAGGGGUCGGGGCAUCACCUGUUACGCAGGUCCCCAACCGGGGUUUAUCCUGGAAUUCUCUGGUGUACCCAUCGACAAGACCCAGCUCGGCCCCUGCAACUACCUUACUGGCUUGGAUGGCCCCAGGCUCCUCCCCUAGCUUCACCACGGCGCCUUCUCCACGAACAGCCAGAGGGACCACGUCAUUCCCCUGCUGGGAACACAAGCUGCCUCCCCCUGGUCCUCCAACACAUUCACCUUCAGCCCACACACUUGGGGACCUCAGGGACUUUGCCCAUGCAGUUCCCACACGCCUGGAGCCAGCCUUCCCGGAGGCGCUUCUCCUUUCCUGGGCAGGGCUCCUGCCCCAUGCCACCUUGCCGGGCCGACCCCACCGGCUGGGGAAACUGUUGAUACGCACGCGCCUCCCCCUUUUCAAAGAUGGGGACAUGAAUGUCUCAUCUGACCCGGGUGGGGGCUGCCUUGGGGCUCCCCCCCACCUCUUCGUGAGUCACCGACCUGUGUGGUCCCCUGCUCGAGCUCCCGGGAAAGCGGGAGGAGGGACAGAGGAGCUGGAGCUGAGCAGGCCCUGCCCCCCCAGGCCCCUCCUCCUAGCCUCAGAAUGCAGCCUACGGCCACCAUGGCCACGGCCGCCACCACCUCCGCCACGGUCGCCCUGACCACGACGUGGGACAACGCCACGGGCCGCCCCACCGGAGAGCCCGACCCCGUCCUGGACAACUACGUGCUGCUGGUGGUGGUGAUGGCGCUCUUCGUUGGGGGCACCCUCGUGGUGCUCUCGGGCGCGCUGCUGCUCUGCAGGCGCUGCUGGGAAGUCCACAGGCGCAUCCACAGAGCCACGGAGGAAGCAGAGAAGACCACGACCAGCUACCUGGACAACGGCGCCCGCCCUGCCCAAGACCCCGAGUUCAGGGGGGAGGAGCCCGAGGGCCAGGACGCCGAGACCGAGCGCUUCCUGUCCACCAGCUCCACCGGCCGCCGGGUGUCCUUCAACGAGGCGGCCCUGUUUGAGCAGAGCCGGAAGGCGCAGGACAAGGGCCGCCGGUACACCCUGACCGAGGGGGACUUCCACCACCUGAAGAACGCCCGCCUCACCCACCUGCACCUGCCGCCCCUCAAGAUCGUCACCAUCCACGAGUGUGACUCAGGCGAGGCCAGUGCAACCGCCACACCCCACCCCACGGCCGCCCCCAAGGCCAGCCUCGCCAUAUUCCAGCCCCCGGGGAAGGCCCUCACCGGCCGCUCUGUGGGCCCCAGCUCCGCCCUGCCAGGUGACCCCUACAACUCGGCUGUGGGCCCUGCCGACUUCGAGAUCAGCCCCUCAGCUUCCAGUGACUCUGGGGAAGGCACCUCGUUGGACGCGGGGGCCAGGAGUGCCAAGCCUGGUGGGCCGGGGGCCGCAGCAGGGCCUGGGGAGGCGAGCCCAGCCUCUGGGGCAGGCCCCGUACUGCAGUUUUUCACCCGCCUGAGGCGCCACGCCAGCCUGGAUGGGGCCAGCCCCUACUUCAAGGUCAAGAAAUGGAAGCUGGAGCCCAGCCAGCGGGCGUCCAGUCUGGACACGAGAGGCUCCCCCAAGCGACACCACUUCCAGCGGCAGCGGGCAGCCAGCGAGAGCAUGGAGCAGGAGGAGGGGGACGCCCCCCACGUGGACUUCAUCCAGUACAUCGCCAGCGCUGGCGACACUGUGGCCUUCCCAAGCCCCCGCCCCUUUCUGGCCAGCCCCACCAGCCCCGCCAGCCCGCCCCCCACUCUCGGCAGGUAUUUUUCAGUAGAUAGAGGUGCUAGGGGUGGGCCCCUGCCCCACCCCGUCCCCCAUAGGUGGCCCAGGGAGCGCUCUCCCCGCCCUUCAGACAGGCGGUCGUGUCCCUCUGGCUCCACCGUCCUUCCCGGAGGCUGCCUCGCUGGGGCCACCUCUCCAGUACGGACCGGAGGAGGGAAGCAGGGGGAGACUGGGUAA